AUGUUUCACUCGGCGAUGACACCCAAUUUCUCUCACAGUCAUUUACGGGCGUGGACGAGGCAGUGCUACGCGUUGCAGAUGCGAGUUUUUUUUUUUUUUGUGUCGGCGAGGAUCGUCACCGUUCCCGGCUCCUCGUCACGGGAAUUAUCGCUCACACACUGCGAGGCGGCAGAUGUUGUGGUCCACUUUGCUGACACGCAAGACAAGUUCAGUUUGCCGUGGCUGGAGGGGCGAGUAGAUGUGGUGGUGGUGGGCUCACGGCUUGGACAGGGGGCUGAAGGGAUUGGUCUUUCUAUUGCAAGGCACAGUUGGAGGCGGCAACAGCAACUGUUCGUUCUGUUGAAAGUAGACGAUGGAGUACCCCGUCAGGUGGUGUUUUUGCGGGAGGUUCGACGGUUCUUGCGCCAUUCGGAUGACAUCUUGCGGUCAUCGAACCUUUUGUGGCUCCUCUGA